CGAUUCAUCAUCUACUCCGGCCCUUUCCUUAGCCCUCCCGCCGCCACCUCCAACUUAUCGCAACCACUCCACGCGCGAUAGAUACUCUAUCGCCGUCGUGUCCAGUCGCCUCCUGAUCCGUUUCACCUCUAGCAGGGCUCUCCGCAUCCGGCCUCACUCGCGCAUCGCUGACUCGGUGUCCUCCACGACAGCGCGAGCUUAUACCGACGUAUGGAAUAGUAGAGUCGUCGCAGCCCACCAUGUCCAACGUUGUGCUCUAUCCGCGGCAGCAGGCCACCCCAACAGACGGCGCCAACAACAACAACAGCAGCAGCAAUAACAGCAACGGGCCCACCAGUUCGCCGCUGCUUUUUUUCGUUGCCCUGGGUUUCGGUGUCGUCUUUACAAACUUAUGGAUUAUCGUUGGCGUUAAGUACUGCUUCCGAUAUAACCGCCGUCGCGCGGCCCAGGCUGCUGCAGAUGGCGAGCCAAUCGACAUGACCAACAUGCCUCGCCCGCACCGGAGGAGGAGGGAGAAGAAGCUGAUGACCAUGGAUGAGGUCAACGAGCGGUUCCCACUGACCAAAUAUAAGCAAUGGAAGUCAAGUCGCGAGACCGAGGGCUUGCCAGCUAACGGCGGCAUUGCCACGGCACCCCAGAGCAGAGCAGCAAGCUUGAAAGACGUCGAAGGUGUUAUCGGUGCGCAGGAUGAAGGCCCAGGACCGCGAACCGACACUGCCCUCUCCAUGGCCCGCAACGACCUCAACGCCCCGGCCUCCUCCACCGACCCGGUCGCUCCUCCGAGAACAAGUGUCGAAAGCAAGAAGAGCCAGCACGUGCAAGACGUUGAGAAGCAGGUUGACGACAAGUUGAACUCGGAGAAGACGGACAAUCUUCAAGGGCAAAGUGCUACACCCCAGGCUAACGUGCGCGAGCGCGAGGACGACUCAGACGACGAAGAGGAUCCCAUAAGCACUGCCGCUGCACCGGAGAUGUUGGCCGAGCCAGGAGACACGUGCGCCAUCUGUCUGGAUACCCUGGAAGAUGACGACGAUGUACGUGGACUGUCUUGUGGCCACGCCUUCCACGCCAGCUGUGUCGACCCAUGGCUUACGAGUCGCCGCGCCUGCUGCCCUCUCUGCAAAGCCGACUACUACGUGCCAAAGCCCCGCCCUGAAGGAGAAGUCGAUCCUCUUACUGGUCGCCGCUCAGUUGCUGGUCUUAGGUCACCACCACAGGCAGUCUGGACAUCCACCAACCCAUUCUCUCGGUCUCGCGUCAUGGUCAUCAACUCAGACUUCCAGCAGCGACAAGGCGGUGAUCGGUUCGGACGACUGAAUCGGCCUACUCGCCGCGAGCGGGUGGCCGGGAAUGCACCCCAAGCGACAGGGCAGACUGGCGAGAACCAAGGAUGGCGAUCGAGGAUGGCGCUCAACCGAACUCAAGGCCCUGGUUUCUCAAGCUGGUUCGGCCGCAAUCGUGGCGCCGGUGCCACUGGAGAAGCCCCUGUCUCGCAGCAGCCAACCCCAGGACAACUUGAAGCAGGUAGCCGAUAGAUGCUGUCCUGUUGUCACCCAGAUUUCUCGAUCGUUCUCACGCCCAAUAACGACUACCAUACCCACCUUUUGUGUACCCGAUCCUCAAGG